AUGACUGACCUCAAAUUAGAUAAGCUCUCACUUUGGACUGAACACUUAGAGUCCGACCAAAGUACUCAAUUGGCUGCCUCUGUGUUAGCAAAUGUCAAUGCAGAUGAUGCACUCAUUGACAGAGCCACUGCUAUCAAGAACUCUACUUCUGUCUUCAACACUAGUGUGAAAGUUGAAGGAGCACCAGUGACAAAUCAGAAGGCCAGUGGACGUUGUUGGUUGUUUGCUAGUGGUAAUGUUUUGCGUCUUCAUAUGAUGGAGAAACUCUCGGUCAAGGAGUUCCAGUUUUCCCAAAGUUACUGGUUCUUUCAUGACAAAUUGGAGAGAUGCAACUAUUUCUUGAACACCUUUGCCGCAAACAUGAGCGAUGAAAAACUCAAUGAUGUUGAAUCCCAAUUGAAUCAACAUCUUCUCACAGACCCUACCUGCGAUGGUGGACAGUUUGAUAUGUUCAUUAACAUCAUUGAGAAAUAUGGAGCUGUACCUCAUGAAUUGUAUCCUGAUGCAUUUUCUGCAACUUCAUCUCGCCGUCUCAAUUUCUUGAUUCUGACGAAAUUGCGCGAGUUUGCUGAGCAGCUCAAACUUAAUUCGGACUCUCUGCUGCCUAGGGAAGCUCUGGUUUUGAUACAAGAAAUGCAGCAAGAAAUUCACAGAUUGAUGGUGCUCUUCCUUGGAAAGCCACCUGCUCCAAACUCUCAAUUGUCAUGGGAUUACAAAGAUAAGGAUGACAAGGUCCACACCUUGAAGUUCACCCCGCUUCUGUUAUACAAGGACGUAUUGGGAGUUGAUGUAUCUAAUUGGGUCUCGCUCUUGAACGACCCUAGAAACCCUUACGACUCUUUGAUCAAAAUCGAUAAGCUUGGCAAUGUCGUUGGAGCCAAAGACGUAUCAUAUGUCAACAUCGAGGUGGAUGCACUUGCCAAAUACGCUGUGGAACGCAUCAAAUCCAACCAAGCUGUGUUUUUUGGCACCCACACCCCAAUUUAUAUGGACAAGAAGCGGGGAAUCAUGGACGAAUCCCUCUACAGCUACAAUUUGAUUGGCUUCAAGUCUGACCAGAGCAAGAGCAGUAGAAUCAAAUACAAGCAGUCACUCAUGACUCAUGCAAUGACUCUCACUGCCGUGCAUUUGGAUGAGAAUGGUAAUCCAGUAAGGUGGAGGGUUGAAAAUUCCUGGGGAAAAGACUCGGGCCAGAAUGGUUACUACGUUAUGGACCACCAGUACUUUAAGGACUACGUGUAUCAGAUCGUUGUUGACAAAAAUGAUUUACUGGAGGUACACAAGGAAGUUCUUAAUAGUACUGAGCCAAUUGUUUUGCCUCCAUGGGACCCAAUGGGAGCUUUGGCUAUUUUCAAGAAUGAGGUUGACAUGAUCUAA